GCCGCCCACGUCCCGCAGUCCCACCCGCAGGCCUCGCCCGCCGCGCCACCGUCCCGCGCGCGCCCCCAUCUCGCCCGCGCCCCCCGCGCCCGGACGCAAACUACAAGUCCCGCCAUGCCCCGCCACCGCCCCCCGGCUUCCGGUGCUGCGCAGUUUCCGGAGCGGAUCGCAACCCGGAGUCCGGAUCCGAUCCCGCUCUGCACAUUCCAAAGGCAGGUGUCAGCGAUGGCCGAAGAUGGGAGUGAAGAGAUCAUGUUCAUCUGGUGUGAAGACUGCAGCCAGUACCACGACUCCGAAUGUCCCGAGCUGGGCCCAGUGGUCAUGGUCAAAGACUCCUUUGUGUUAAGCAGGGCAAGGUCAUCUCUUCCUCCCAACUUGGAGAUCAGACGACUGGAAGACGGAGCCGAGGGGGUGUUCGCCGUCACUCAGCUCGUCAAGCGGACACAGUUUGGUCCCUUUGAGUCCAGGAGGGUUGCCAAAUGGGAAAAGGAGUCCGCGUUUCCCCUGAAGGUGUUCCAGAAGGACGGACACCCUGUGUGCUUCGAUACCUCCAACGAGGAUGACUGCAACUGGAUGAUGCUGGUGCGGCCGGCGGCGGAGGCCGAGCACCAGAACCUGACGGCCUACCAGCACGGCAGCGACGUGUACUUCACCACCUCCAGGGACAUCCCCCCGGGCACCGAGCUGCGGGUGUGGUACGCGGCCUUCUACGCCAAGAAGAUGGACAAGCCCAUGCUGAAGCAGGCCUGCUCCAGCGCCCACGCUGCAGGCACCCCAGAAAACAGCGCCCCCGUGGAGUCGGAGCCCAGCCAGUGGGCGUGUAAAGUGUGUUCUGCUACCUUCCUGGAGCUGCAGCUCCUCAAUGAGCAUCUCUUGGGUCACUUGGAACAAGCCAAAAGCCUUCCUCCGGGCAGCCAGAGUGAGGCAGCGGCUCCUGAGAAGGAGCAGGAUGCACCCCGGGGGGAGAUCCCUGCAGUGCCUGAGAGCCAGAAUGUUGCCACCAAAGAACAGAAGAAAAAGCCUCGAAGGGGGAGAAAACCCAAAGCAUCUAAAACCGAGCAGCCUCUAGUCACUGUGGAAGACAAGGAGCCCUCAGAGCAAGUGGCGGAGAUCAUCACCGAGGUCCCUCCGGAUGAGCCUGUGAGUGCAGCGCCGGACGAGCGGAUCAUGGAGCUGGUUCUGGGGAAGCUGGCCACCACCACCACCACCACCACCACUGACGCCAGCUCAGUGCCAAAGUUCAGCCAUCAUCAGAAUAACACCAUCACGCUCAAGAGGAGCUUAAUUCUCUCGAGCAGACACGGCAUCCGGCGCAAGCUCAUCAAACAGCUCGGGGAGCACAAGCGGGUGUACCAGUGCAGCAUCUGCAGCAAGAUAUUCCAGAACAGCAGCAACCUGAGCAGGCACGUGCGCUCGCAUGGUGACAAGCUGUUUAAGUGCGAGGAGUGUGCAAAAUUAUUCAGCCGCAAAGAGAGCCUAAAGCAGCACGUUUCUUACAAGCACAGCAGGAACGAGGUGGACGGCGAGUACAGGUACCGCUGCGGCACGUGCGAGAAGACCUUCCGCAUCGAGAGCGCGCUGGAGUUCCACAACUGCAGGACAGGACUCAUAGCACGCCCUGGAGAGGGGGGGCCUGGCGGCAGUCGGCUUAGAGACCUACCAGAUGACAAGACGUUCCAAUGUGAGAUGUGUUUCAGAUUCUUCUCCACCAACAGCAACCUCUCCAAGCACAAGAAGAAGCACGGCGACAAGAAGUUUGCCUGUGAAGUCUGCAGCAAGAUGUUCUACCGCAAGGACGUCAUGCUGGACCACCAGCGCCGGCACCUGGAAGGCGUGCGGCGGGUGAAGCGAGAGGAGCUGGAGGCCGGCGGGGAGCACCUGGUCCGCUACAAGAAGGAGCCCUCCGGGUGCCCGGUGUGCGGCAAGGUGUUCUCCUGCCGGAGCAACAUGAACAAGCACCUGCUCACCCACGGCGACAAGAAGUACACGUGUGAGAUCUGCGGGCGCAAGUUCUUCCGCGUGGACGUGCUCAGGGAUCACAUCCACGUCCACUUCAAGGACAUCGCGCUGAUGGAUGACCACCAGAGGGAAGAGUUUAUCGGCAAGAUCGGGAUCUCCUCUGAAGAAAACGACGACAAUUCAGACGAGAGCGCAGACUCGGAGCCUCACAAGUACAGCUGUAAGCGGUGCCAGCUCACCUUUGGCCGGGGGAAGGAGUACCUGAAGCACAUCAUGGAGGUGCACAAGGAGAAGGGUUACGGCUGCAGCAUCUGCAACCGCCGCUUCGCGCUGAAGGCCACCUACCACGCCCACAUGGUCAUCCACCGCGAGAACCUGCCCGACCCCAACGUGCAGAAGUACAUCCACCCCUGUGAGAUCUGUGGGCGCAUCUUCAACAGCAUAGGAAACCUAGAGCGCCACAAGCUCAUCCACACAGGUGUGAAGAGCCACGCCUGUGAGCAGUGUGGGAAGUCCUUUGCCAGGAAGGACAUGCUGAAGGAGCACAUGCGUGUGCACGACAAUGUCCGCGAGUACCUGUGCGCCGAGUGUGGGAAAGGCAUGAAGACCAAGCACGCACUGCGCCACCACAUGAAGCUGCACAAGGGCAUCAAGGAGUACGAGUGCAAGGACUGCCACCGUAGGUUCGCGCAGAAGGUCAACAUGCUCAAGCACUGCAAGCGGCACACGGGGAUUAAAGAUUUCAUGUGUGAAUUAUGUGGGAAGACCUUCAGUGAGAGGAACACCAUGGAGACCCACAAGCUCAUCCACACAGUGGGCAAGCAGUGGACGUGCUCCGUGUGUGACAAGAAGUACGUGACCGAGUACAUGCUGCAGAAGCACGUGCAGCUCACCCACGACAAGGUGGAGGCGCAGAGUUGCCAGCUGUGCGGGACAAAGGUGUCCACCAGGGCCUCCAUGAGCCGGCACAUGCGGCGUAAGCACCCCGAGGUGCUCGCAGUGAGGAUUGACGACCUGGACCACCUCCCGGAGACCACCACCAUCGAUGCCUCCUCCAUCGGCAUUGUCCAGCCUGAGCUGACUCUGGAGCAGGAAGAUUUGGCCGAAGGGAAGCACGGGAAAGCCGCCAAGCGAAGUCACAAGCGAAAGCAGAAGCCAGAAGAGGAGGCGGGCACUCCGGUGCCCGAGGACGCCACCUUCAGCGAAUACUCGGAGAAAGAGACCGAGUUCACAGGCAGCGUAGGCGACGAGACCAACUCUGCAGUCCAGAGCAUUCAGCAGGUAGUGGUGACCCUGGGCGACCCAAAUGUGACCACACCAUCCAGCUCAGUCGGCUUGACCAACAUCACCGUGACCCCCAUCACCACUGCAGCUGGGACUCAGUUUACCAAUCUCCAGCCGGUGGCCGUGGGGCACCUUACCACCCCUGAGCGCCAGUUACAGCUGGACAACUCAAUCCUGACGGUGACCUUUGACACCGUCAGUGGCUCUACCAUGUUGCACAACCGCCAAAAUGAUGUCCAGAUCCACCCCCAGCCUGAAGCCUCGAACCCACAGUCCGUGGCCCACUUCAUCAAUCUGACCACCCUGGUCAACUCCAUCACGCCCCUGGGGAGCCAGCUCAGUGACCAGCACCCACUGACAUGGCGGGCAGUGCCCCAGACUGACGUCCUGCCGCCCCCACAGCCGCAGGCGCCCCCGCAGCAGGCAGCCCCGCCCCAGGUGCAGGCGGAGCAGCAGCAGCAGAUGUACAGCUACUGAGCUGCCUUAGCGAGACUCGGGGCGGGGACUGCAGAGGGGUGUUUUCUGUUUAGAUUUGUUUGCUGGAUACCAACCAAACAAACAAAGUCAUGCAUUGCAAUGUAAGGCUGACUUAGCUUUGCAGAAUAUCUCCACAUCCCUCCCAGCCACCAUUAUGGUCUGUCGGCCUAACUCUAGAAGUGACUUCUGGCAGGCAGGCGUUUUAAACUAGAUGAGGUUCCACACUAUGCCUUACCAAGGCAGUAAGUCCUGGGCCGGGGCUCCAGCCGCUGCCCCUUACAGAACCAGUGUGCGCUUGACACACGGUUUGGGAAAGUGAAGCAGGAUUGUCAGAGGCAGGAGAUAAGUUGUUAGGAACACAAACGGUUCAUUUUUUUUUCCUUUAGAACUUAGUUCCUGUAUGAGGACACAGACAGUAUUCACAGGUGGCAACAGGCAGCAGGGAACGUUUUGUCCUCGCUUCUGGAUGGUUUUGCAAGUGCACAGAUAGGAGUUAAAGUAACAUUUAUUCUCUUUGAACUCUUGAGUUGAGUCGGUUCUUAUACAACUAUGGGCUGAAACCACAUGUGAGGCGUGCUGAGCCAUACGUGAUCCUCCAGCCUUCAAGGUCAUCAUGGGCAAGGGGUCACGUGAGGUCACGGACUCUGGCUCAAAAGACAACUUAGCAUUAUCCGUGAGUCGAUUUCCAGUAGAGUUUUUUCCUUUUUUUAAAACUUUAUUUCAAACAUACAUUAUGUAUUCAAGACUGUUACGGCCAACAUUAUGUUUUAGUUUUAUGUUAACAUGAUAAAGUCGUGUGCACUGUAGGACCGUCGGUCCCUGUCCGCCCUCCACAGCUGCCCAGAUGCAGGGGUCGCACGCUGUGGUGAGGAGUGAGCCUCCCUGCUGCCCCCAGCGGCUCCUCCGGCUUGUCUCAGGAUCUCUACAAUCCAAAUGUGUUCAUUCUGGCUGAAGCCCAGCCAGAAUCCCCUGAGUGGAAGAAACGGGGGAAAAUUCAUGUUUUCCUUCUGUUUAAACUUUAAUUCCAAAGGUUGGUUUCCUAUAAAAAUAUCAAAGGAGUUUGGCUCUUUACAGUGGAAAAGUGUAGGUAUUUCUGAAACACAGAGAAAAUGCUAUUUCCUGUCAGAGCUAAUGAAAGCAGAGAGGUUAGUUCACUAAUAGAAGCAUGAAUUGCCCCUAAAACUGAAUGUGUGGCUAACAGCCAGGUCUGCCUGUGCGGGGACACGUGCUGUCAUGUUGUGUACCAGUUUCCGGGGCAGGGGCCAGGGGCAGGGUGGCAGCCAGCGCUCCUGCUACCCACCACAGAAACACUGAGAGGUGUGGGGAGAGGUUUGCUCUUAACUUUCCUGGUACUCUUUUUAACACUGAUCACAGCGAGAGGAUACACCUGCCUUAAUGUGCCCGUCUUUGCCAGUUGUCCCAGAUCCUGUACUCACGGGGGUCCAUCUUGGAGACCCACUGACAUGGCUCUGAUUGACGCGAGCAGUCCCAGUGAUGCCAGCAAAGCAAAGGAUGGUUGCGUUUUCCAAAGUGCAGCCUUCUCAGCACUUCACCGCACUCCAAACAGCAGACUUUUGAAGAUGGGGCUGGAAUUUGUUUUGUGCAAUAUAUGCCUUCAUGAGCUAAGGGAAGGUUCUCCCCAGGCGGCAUGCAGAAGGCUCUGCAAGGCUCACCUCCUCACCCACCAUCACUCGUGCCCAGCUCUCACCUCUCGUUUGAAUUUAUAGUGGGAGAUCAUUUGACUUUUAAUUUAUGAGAAUUAUGUUAUUUAUGUAUAUAAUUAACUGUUUUAUACAUAGUAGUUUCGUCAAAUGAAUUGGGCUCGGGGUGAAAUUGUCUCCAUCCUCCAGAUACAAGUGGUCCAGACGUCCAUGGCAUCAGCAGGAGACCAGGGCUCCUAAGAUAUAUUUUUUAAAAUCAAUAUCGAUUUCUUUUUGCCUUUGCCCAAUCUAAAGGGCAGAUGACCUCGCAGAGACUCCCAGAAGGCCUUGGGCUCAUGAUGAACCAUCCACUAGCAUUGAUCUUUUAUUCCUGUUCCCUAUAAAAUAAAGGCCUUGGAAAUCACAGUUUUAUUUUUUUAAAGAAGUUGUUUUAGUGCCUAGAGUAAGACCGCAUCAAAUGUUUUUACGGAACCUAAUUUAGAUUGCGUGGUGUAUACCACGGUUUAUCUCAAUACACAGACACCUCAUACUUGUUAUAAGUGAGAAUUCUAAAGAAAAAUCAAAAUCCCAAGUUUUCUGUAAGAUAGGGUCCCUGUCCGAGGCAAAGUGGGUUGUCUUAAAGCAGCCGGUACAGAUUUGCGUAAAAGAACCCAGAUAGCAAAAUACAACAGCCAAGUGCCACCCAGCCAGAAGAGUCCUCAGCUGUACGUGGUUCUGCAUACUGAUCAUCAUGACAGGAAGUAUUUUGUUUUUCUAACUGAUCCAAGGUGCACAGAUGUGUCCAUAAAGGAAGACGUUAGAUCCAGCCACUGUGGCCGCCAGGCUCUGUGGGCCCAUCUUAGUGGAGGGUUGGUUUUGGACCUGUGGCUCUGUGAGCUGUGGGCAGUGCCUUCCACUGGCGGGAGUCUUGCAGACAGGCCACAGGUGCGGCCACUCCCGGUGAAUCCCGGUCUCCGGGUUGAGAAGGGGCCCGGGCCUCCGGAAUGCUCUAGUGUGUGAUGUGUUCUCAGGAAAACGUUCUGUGCCAAGUGCCGCUCACCGUGCCCAGCGUGGAAUGGCGCUGGAGGGCCCAGUGCAGAAGGCAGACCUCCCAUUCCUCUACCGUUCCCAUCAGCAGCAUCCAAAGGCGGAAGGCGCGUGGCUUCCCCGCUAAAGGCAGCAUCUCGGACUUUCCCGUUGGAUUUUGAGGCAUUGAGACGGUUUGGAGAUGUUGGGUGUGUUUCGUGUCCCAUCAGUUUGUAUGAUGAUGAAUAAAAGGUGCUGUGACCCGUGUUUU